UUGACAAUAUGGCCGUGCGUUCUGGGUAACGGGGAAGGAGGAAAUCUGCACAGUGUCAGCUGGCGGGAACCCACAGUGAUUAGGGCUGACAUCUCCAGAUGUUGAAGAACAGUGCCCUCCAUGAAUGAGGACACUCGCCACUCCACGGGAUGCACUCGCUGAGCUGAGAGAAAAGGCUGAGCUCGGACACCGCCAUGUCGUUUUUUAGGAGGAAAGCUAAAGGCAAGGAACAUGAGAGACCAGCUGACAUACAACCCAGCAGAGGCUGUGUCUCCCCAGCUUCAGUAAAAUCUCAAUCCCCCUCACUGGUGCCCCGCAAUCAGCAUGCCAUCCUGGAGGCUGCUGGGCCCAGCCAUGUGGCCAUCAAUGCCAUUUCUGCCAACAUGGACUCCUUUGCCCGAGGACGCACGGCCAUCCUGAAGAAGCAGCCCAGCCACAUGGAAGCCGCCCACUUUGGUGACUUAGGGCGCUCCAGUGUGAACUACCAAGCUCAGGAGACACGCUCAAGGCUUUCCAAGACUGUAGAGCAGAUCCUGCGGGACAAUGUUGCCAUCCCCUAUUUCAUCCAGUACAUGGAGACCCAGGGGGCUGACCACCUUGUCAAGUUCUGGCUGGAGGCCGAAAGCUUCCGAUCCACCAGCUGGUCCCGAGUGCGAGCACACAGUCUCAACUCUGUCAAGCACAGUUCUCUUGCCGAACCUGCCUCACCCUUUGCUAAAAGGCCUGACAUCGAGGACCCAUCAGAAGGGGCUGCCCCUGCAACCAACACAAACUCUCACAGCCCUGGGCAAGUGUUCCGCUCUGGGUCCCUUAGCUCAGGCUGCGGUAAGGAAGCUGGCAUGCUCCAGCCUGAGGUGGACACCCCAACUAGGCUGGCCUCAUCCAGGAUGGGCACACCAUUCAAACUACAGCCUACCAACGCUCUGAAGGAGCUCUCUGAGAAACUCAUGAAAAGUAUAGAGAGAGAUGCUGUGAAUAUUUUCACUAAAUACAUCUCUCCAGAUGCUUCCAGACCCAUCCCCAUCACAGAAACCAUGAGAAAUGACAUUGUUGCCAAGAUCUGUGGGGAAGAUGGGCAGGUGGAUCCCAACUGUUUUGUGAUAGCACAGUCUGUGGUCUUUGGUAUCACGGAACAACAGCACUUUAGUCAAUUUUUGCGUAGUCAUCACUUCUGUAAGUACCAGAUCGAAGUACUGACCAGUGGUACGGUCUUCCUUGCGGACAUCCUCUUCUGUGAGUCAGCCCUCUUCUAUUUUUCAGAGUACAUGGAAAAGGAAGAAGCUGUGAACAUCUUGCAGUUCUGGCUGGCAGCAGACAACUUUCAGGAUCAGCUCGCUUCUAAGAAAGGCCAGUAUGAUGGACAGGAAGCCCAGAAUGAUGCCAUGAUCCUGUAUGACAAGUAUUUCUCACUCCAAGCCACUAACCCACUGGGUUUUGAUGACUCUGUGCGGUUAGAAAUCGAGUCCAACAUAUGCAGGGAGGGCGGCCCCCUGCCGGACUGCUUCACCACUCCACUGCGGCAAGCGUGGACCACCAUGGAAAAGGUUUACCUGCCAGGCUUCCUGUCCAGUAACCUUUACUACAAAUACCUGAAUGACUUGAUCAAUUCUGUUCGCGCAGACGAGUUUGUCGGCGGGAGCAUGGCCCUGUCAGGUUUAAGUGCCCCCUCAGAUGGUGAUCGUAAUACCAGCACUUCUGAGGGAACACAAUUCCAGCAAGGAACCAAAAAAGCAGCCAUUAAAAUUCUCAAAAACUUUGAUGAGGCAAUAACGGUUGACAUUGCAAGCUUGGAUCCAGAGUCUCUCUAUCAGCGACCCUAUGCUGGAAGAAUGACAUUUGGAAAAGUGAAUGAACUCGGACAGUUCAUCAGGGAGGCUGAACCAGAACCUGAUGUGAAGAAAUCCAAAGGUUCCAUGUUCUCUCAAGCAAUGAAGAAAUGGGUGCAAGGAAACUCUGAUGAGGCUCAGGAGGAGAUGGCUUGGAAGAUUGCAAAGAUGAUUGUGAAUGAUGUCAUGCAUCAGGCAGAUUACGAAAACCCCUGUGUGAAGUCAACUAAGGUAUCUGAUUUCAGCCCUGGCACCAAAAUGCCAGUAAGCUAUGAUGCUCCUGAUCUACCAAAGGACACUCCUUUUUUGACAAAGCCGUAAUUCCACCAGAGACAAAUAUUCAAGGAACUGGCAAUGAACUGCACAUUGUAUUUAUCCAACACAACAUUAACCCGUUAACUUGUCUGUCGUGUUUUUUUUACGAAGAGCGAACAAGGCAUUCCCCUUUUGUCAUGCUGCGUGUGUGAAGUUAUAUGUUGUGCCCUGUCCCAGAACACUAUGAAGGCUUUUUUUUUUUUUUUUUUUUUUUUCCUAGUAGCAGGUUGGCAAGCAGAAGUUGCACAAUAGUAUCAGACAUAUUCUUAAGUGACAAAAAUAAGAUACUUGAAGAACAGCAUGCUACAGUCUCAACUGGAAUAAUAGUGCUCCAAGAAGAUGAGGACUCCAGGCCUGCUUUGAAGAUGUCUGUGACCAUGCCCUCUUUUAACCUUUCCCUUUCUUUUUAUUUGAAACUUGUUUUAAGGAGCUCCUGUUCAUUUUAAAGGAAAGGCCAUUGUGGGAUGGAUCUCCAGCAUUAUGCCUGUAUAGAGUCUGUACGGUUUUGUUAUGGCUCGCCUACGACCAACCCCCUUGAAACCCUCUCUUUUGUCCUUUGCCAUGCAAGUAAACUGUCCUCUCCUGAUGUACAGUAGAGUGAAUGGGAAUUCCGUAAACCAGAGAUAUCAGUGUUUUACCUGUUUGCAGACUGUUCUGUGACCAGUCAUAGAUAUCUCCCCAGGUGUUGAAGUGAUAGAGAUACAGUAAAGACUUAAAAGCAACACUUUUUUCUGGUUAGCUCCAUGUAUUGCUAGUUUUUUUCUGAAUUGUUAUUUGUAUGACGUGUCAGAACAUUGUCACAAAUUUCAAACCGUUUCAUGGGAAAGUAAACACGAUCAAUAUGGUAUUACUAUUAUUAUGAAACGCCUUGAGAUGUUCAUAUGAAGCAAGAGAAAAGACUGUUUUGGUACUAUGUACCUGUGUUUUCUGAUGUACAGUAUAUGU